CUGCUGGCGCCCAGUCCAGAGCCCGCAGAGUGAGGGCGCCCCUUGGGCUGGUUAAUCCACCGCCCCUCCCCCGCCCUGUACGCCCUGGGACACUGCGCAGUGGCGUCACAGAUGAGCGGCUGGGAACCCUGGUUACCGGUCCUUUGUUCCCCGGGCGCGGCACUCGGUAGGCACCGGUGCAUCUGGAGAAGGAUUGUCAUGGGCCGCGCAGCCGCCUGCUCCCGGGGUCGCUGCAAACGGCGGCGCCGGUUGCCUAGCAGGCGGCGGCGCUGCCGACGCCGGCGCCGGCGCCGCCGCCGCCGCCGCUCCCCCAGGCGGCGGAAGGCACCGGCCUGCGGGCGCCGGAGGGCACCCCCCCGCCGGAAGGAACCCUGUCCCGAAUGCCUGGAACGGGCACAGCCUGCGGCCUGGGAGAGUGGCUGUUGUGUCGAGUAUCAGGAUCCGUGCGCGUCCCGCGACGACUGGCGCUGUGCUCAGUCCAUGCACGAGUUCUCAGCCAAGGAUAUCGACGGGCACAUGGUUAACCUGGACAAGUACCGGGGCUUCGUGUGCAUCGUCACCAACGUGGCCUCGCAAUGAGGCAAAACAGACGUAAACUACACUCAGCUCGUCGACCUGCACGCCCGAUAUGCUGAGUGCGGUUUACGGAUCCUGGCUUUCCCUUGCAACCAGUUCGGGAGGCAGGAGCCAGGGACUAAUGCAGAGAUCAAAGAGUUCGCUGCCGGCUAUAAUGUCAAAUUCGAUAUGUAUAGCAAGAUCUGUGUGAAUGGGGAUGACGCCCACCCGCUGUGGAAGUGGAUGAAAGUCCAGCCCAAGGGAAGGGGCAUCCUGGGAAAUGCCAUCAAAUGGAACUUCACAAAGUUCCUCAUUGACAAGAACGGCUGCGUAGUAAAGCGGUAUGGUCCCAUGGAAGAGCCCCUGGUCAUAGAGAAGGACCUGCCCUGCUACCUGUAGCUCCACAAGUGUGUACCCUCCAUCCGAGCCCACCACCCGUGCCCCUCGGAGCCUUCCACCCGGCACCCAUGACAGUCUGUCUAAAAACCAGCCCACUGGUGGGGCAGACCUGAGAACCUGGCGUGCACCCCUGCCGGAGGAAGGCCCUCGGCCCGGCCUGGAUUGUAGCUCGGUACCCCCACCCCCUGGCUGUCUUGUGGGAAUAAAACAUACAAAUUGGC